AUGGCUCACCGCAUCGUCACCCAAGUCGUCGUCACCGGAGCCCGGGUCUUCGGCCGCGCCUUCGCCGAAGCCUACAAGCAAGCCCAGGCCUCUGGCAAAUAUGCUGCGCAGAAGAAGAAUGGAGGUGGUGCUUUCACCUCUUCGGGUCUGACCCUCGACGAGGCCUGCAAGAUCCUCAACGUCAAGCCCCCGGCCGGCGGCGAAACCAGCCUCGAGCAUGUUAUGGAGCGGUUCAAGAAGCUGUUUGACCUGAACGACCCCCAGAAGGGCGGCAGUUUCUACUUGCAGAGUAAGAUUCUGCGAGCACGAGAGCGCAUAGAGAUGGAAGUUCGCGAGGCGGAGCGCAAGGCUGCUUCGGAGAAGGAGUUGCGCGAGGGUUGGAAUCCCAAGGUCUACAAGGACCGGUGA